UCUGGUUCAUCCCUUUUUCAUCAAUUGCUCAAGACGCAGUAGAGAGAGAGUAGAGAGAGAGAGAGAGAGAGAGAGAGAGAGAGAGAGAGAGUGGAGAGAAAGAGAAAGAUGGAGAUAGGGUUUCUGGGUUUGGGUAUCAUGGGAAAGGCCAUGUCAAUGAAUCUAUUGAAACAUGGAUUCAAAGUAACUGUGUGGAACAGGACUCUCUCGAAGUGUGAUGAACUUGUGGAGCAUGGAGCUUCAGUAUGUGAAACUCCAGCUUUAGUAAUCAAGAAAUGCAAAUACACAAUCGCUAUGCUCUCUGAUCCUUCUGCUGCUCUUUCGGUUGUUUUCGAUAAAGAUGGUGUUUUGGAGCAAAUCUGUGAAGGAAAAGGUUAUAUAGAUAUGUCUACAGUUGAUGCAGAGACUUCCUUAAAGAUCAAUGAGGCAAUUACCGGGAAAGGUGGUCGAUUCGUGGAAGGUCCGGUUUCAGGUAGCAAAAAGCCUGCAGAAGAUGGACAGCUCAUCCUACUUGCUGCUGGUGACAAGGCGCUCUUCGAGGAAUCGAUACCAGCAUUUGAUGUGUUGGGGAAGAAGUCUUUUUACUUGGGGCAAGUUGGGAACGGAGCUAAGAUGAAGCUUAUAGUGAACAUGAUAAUGGGAAGCAUGAUGAAUGCGUUCUCUGAGGGGCUUGUAUUGGCUGACAAGAGUGGACUUAGCUCUGAUACUCUUCUUGAUAUUCUGGAUCUUGGUGCAAUGACUAACCCGAUGUUCAAGGGCAAAGGACCGUCGAUGAACAAGAGCAAUUACCCACCAGCGUUUCCAUUGAAACAUCAGCAGAAGGAUAUGAGGCUAGCUCUUGCUCUUGGUGAUGAAAACGCUGUUUCCAUGCCUGUAGCUGCGGCUGCUAAUGAGGCUUUUAAGAAGGCGAGAAGCAUGGGGCUUGGAGAUCUCGACUUCUCUGCUGUGAUUGAGGCUGUGAAAUUCUCCAAGGAAUAGUAAAAAACUGUCCAAAGAACCUGAUUAUUGUUUAUCUUCCCAAAUGGAGAUUACUUUCUAUUCAUUUGGCGAAAGAACACAUUUUAAUCCUUCACAAUAAGAAGUCUUUAAACACAAUC